CAAAAAUCUACUUCUGCGAUGAGUCACUUGAAGAGAUAGAAGAAUUUGUACAUGUUUUGUUGACUUUGCAGGAUGAAUCUAAAGAAUUAUCCGAAGUUGAUUUAUUGAUGACCAGAAUUGCAGAAUUAAAACAUAUUAUAGAAGAAAAUACUAAAUGUGAAGCUGUAUAUAAGACUAGAAUUAAGAAACUAGAGCAGAGUGAUAAAGAGAAUGCUACCUUAAAGCUAAA